AUGAUGGGAAGAAUGACAAAGAGAUUUAUAAGAAACUUGAAGAGGAUAUCACCGCUUCUGGUUGCUGCUUGUGCUGGUGUUAGAGGUGUUCCAUUGACCCCAAAUGAGAAGCAAACAAUGUUAGACCUCCUCACACCACCGCCUUCACGAGGGUUGAAACUAAGAAACUAUGGAACAAUGGUGUGCCUUCUUCCAAAUGAGACAUUCUUUGUAUCAAUUCAAGGAAGACCAAAAUGA